UUUUAGCAAAACUUUCCGAAUUGUUUGAUCACAAUUAUGAAAUUGUGGAACAAAUGGUGGAGCCCAUGGAUGAAGAUACAAAUGGUGAUGUGGAGAUGGGAGAUGCAAAUGUAAAUAGGGAUGAAUUUCUGAAGGUUUCAUCUGUAGCAAAAGUUACGCAUAAGAAUGAUUUCCAAACUUUUCAUAUGAAAGUUGAACUUUGGGCAAGUGUUGAUCAUGAUGAUCAAUUUUCUCUGUCACCACUUAAGAAUACUUUGGAAUUCAUAGUAAAUUUACCUUCAUGUGGAAUAGGACAAAUGUUAAAUGAAAAAUGUCUGAAACUCCAAAACUUUAUUGGAUAUUAUUUUGAUUCUGUUGAAAUUGUAGUUUCUCCGAUACCACAUAUUCCUGGUGAUACAUCUGAAAUGAUAAUAUUUGAAAAUGAAUGUAUGUCGAAGAAACAUAACUCUUUUGAUCGUUCAGUCGGUAAGGAGAAGACCUUUGGUUUGGGUGUAAAUAUCGGAAAAAAUCUUGGAGCAACUGCUAGUUACAAUGCUAAAAAUAGUAAAAGUAUAACGUCAACGUCUGAUUAUUGGCAUAUGGAAUAUACACAUUGCCCUAUAGAAGGUGUAAGGUGGUCCUACUGUUUUGCUGCGCAAGAUAUUGAUAAAACUUUUAAAAAUCAACGAAACUUUCCAUCAUUAAGAGAUAAUUUUGGUGACUGGUAUUUUGAAAAUAGUGUGAAAGGAUUUUCUGUUACAAUUAAACAAGUAUUAAACUGUAUCAAUAAACCUGCCAUCAAUUUUCUUCCCUUCAAUUUUUUUAAUAAAUUAUCAGUGAUGAAAUGCCCCAAGAUGGUUCACACACUUGAAAUCACUUUCAAUGACCUUGAGAAAUUUAACGAGGGCUUUGCUGAAUUAAGAAAGCUAAUUCACCGUGGAACGAGAAUGCCUAAACUUGAACUCGGUAGUAAGAACUUAGAUCCAGACUUCUUGGAAAAUGAAUAUGUUAAUAGUUCAAUCAAACGUGAAUUGAGACCAGAAACAAAUAAAUAA